AUGGAUGCCUAUUUUGCUGCAGUGGAAAUGCGUGACGAUCCAAGCCUUCGUACCGUACCCAUGGCCGUUGGUACAUCUGCAAUGUUGAGUACCUCGAAUUACCUAGCUCGUCGAUUCGGUGUCAGAGCGGCUAUGCCGGGUUUCAUCGCAAAAAAGCUCUGCCCACAACUGAAACUCGUACACGGCAACUUUAGCAAGUAUAAAAGAGAAAGUGAAAUCUUCGAAGCGAUUUUCGCCGAAUAUGACGAGGAUCUAUCAAUGGGUUCACUUGAUGAAGCGUAUCUGGACAUAACCGAUUAUGUCACGGCUAGGACGAAACCAAAUGUAUUGCGUAGACGACGAUUCGGUGGUGAAUGCAUCUGUAGACUGCCACUGAUGACGGAGGAGGACCGCUCGCCCUCUAUGACAGAAUCCUGUAAAAAAUGCGGCAAGGAGCGGAACGUGUACGAGGAUGAUGUCGAAUUUGGAGUAGGCCGGGCUGAGGUAGUGCGAGAAAUUCGUUUUCGAGUGGAGCAAGCAACGGGUCUAACCUGCAGUGCAGGUAUCGCCCCAACCUUCAGACUGGCGAAAAUUUGCUCUGAUAUGAACAAACCAAAUGGCCAGUAUGAAUUAGAAAACAGCUACGAAAAAGUCAUGGAUUUCCUCCGCGAACUACCGAUUCGUAAGGUCUCAGGAAUCGGACGAGUAUCUGAGGCUCUGCUACAAGCAUGUGGUAUUUUUACGGUUGGGCAACUGCUAGAGAGACGUGCCGCACUGAAGUUUUGCUUCUCGGAGCUUUCUCAGGAGUGUUUCCUGCGUGUUGCUCUUGGUCUUCCCGGUCGUCCAUCAUCGUCUGAUCCACGCAGAAAGAGUAUUUCCACCGAGAGGACCUUUACACCGACGUCGAGUCGCGAAGCACUGACGGAAAUAAUGGAAGAUGUUUGUGACAUGCUUGUUAAAGAUACAAAACGUGCAGGAAUUGUCGGUGGUCGAUGCGUCACUCUGAAACUGAAACUGUCUUCAUUUGAUGUCCUGACACGUUCUGAGACGCCGGGGCGGCUUAUAUGUAGCCGCGAAGAGAUUCUUGCGAUAACACGUGAAAUCCUAGACCGAGAACUACCAAAUGAGUUCCGUCUACUUGGAAUACGUUUGAGUCAUUUACAGUUUGAAGAUGACCGGCCUCCAGGAGCGCCAAUUUCGGUGAGUUCUCCCUUACUGCUUGGCUAA